CAUUGUCAACCCAACCCUGGGCCUGAUAAAGAACUUUUGGCGCAAUGGGACGAUGAGAUUGCCAGGAUGUCGCAGUCGUGGGUUGACCAUUGCGACCUCAGACGCAACCGCCCUUCUUCAACAGAAUGGAGUGCAUGUAGUUUAGGCAGGAGCUUCGACGUUAUAUACGACGAAUCGGAUUUUUUGGACGUAUUGGAUGAGUGGAAUAAUGAAGAUUAUACCUUUGAAGACAACACCUGUAUUAACGAUAAAUGUUAUUAUUACACUCAGAUGGUGCGGGCUACAACUUCUUUCGUUGGAUGUGGCAUGGCUGAUUGUAUGAAAGUCAAAUUUGUCUACUGUAUGUACAGUCCCAGUGGUGACGAAACCCAACGCCCAUACGAAUCAGGUGUGCCCUGUUCUAGUUGCCCUGAUAGUGAAGGAGAUACAUAUAGCUGCGAGAAUAAUCUUUGCACCUGGGAUCGCUAAUGGCUUGGCAAGGCUGACAUGACAACGAGAUUGGACUGAACUACCCAACGUCAACACGUUCAAAGGACCUGAUUAUGUUUUAAUUUUUCUUCUACUCAUCAAACCGCCAUACAAACCACGGCGGGUUUCAUUUUUUAAAGGGUAAAACCUGCUGGUUGUGGUUUACUUCAGUUAAUAUAUAUAGAGACCUUCUUUUUAUUUUUAGUUCGAAAUCUGUGUUGGUAAUAUCUAUACUUUUAAAGCAAUGUUAUAUACUGCAUUCUAUUCAACAUUGUCUUGAAGACUACAAUGCUGUUUGCAGACAUGGGAAUUCUGAUUUGCUUUCUUAAUUUUUAUCGUUUAUGUCUCUGUAACCAUUUUUUGCUUUUAUUUGAUGCUCUCUCU